GGGAUCCCUAGCUGAGCUGGUGGUGGGGGGUCCCAUCGCCUGAAGUCCCGAAGGCAAUCCUCAGCGGCGGCUCUGCCGACGUGGCUGGCUGGGUUCAGGGCCUGCUGUCACCCACCCGGGUCGCCCACCACCAGCGUUCCCGGAUGCAGCGCUGCCCGCGCCUGCCCCUUCUGCAUUAACCCCCUAAGGACCUCAAAUCCCCCACGCUGGGCUUCAAGGCAGCACCACGGAGGGACCCGGGCAGCCACGUGCUGCGCCGCCACUGCGCAGGAUGCGCGGCGAUGGCUUCGCGAGGUCAACGCUGAGGGAGUGCACUCCACCCGCGGGAACCGCCACGCGGGAGGCGAUCGUUGGGUGCCUUGCAAAAGAAACGCUGACAGCACCAAGAGAGCCUGUUCCUGUCAAGCACUGAAGCCGUAGGGAAGCUGCUGUAAAAAAUUAGCAACACAAUGAGGUGUUGCCACAUCUGCAAACUUCCUGGAAGAGUCAUGGGGAUUCGAGUGCUUCGUUUCUCCCUGGUGGUCAUCCUUGUGUUACUGCUCGUAGCUGGAGCUUUGACCAAUUUGCUCCCCAACAUCAAAGAAGACAAGAUGCUCACUCUGCGCCGGGAAAUCAAGCCCCAGAGCACACCGGCCCUGGAUUCUUUUACUCUCAUUAUGCAGACAUACAACAGAACGGACCUCUUGCUAAGACUCUUGAACCAUUAUCAGGCAGUACCAAAUCUGCACAAAGUGAUCGUGGUAUGGAACAAUGUGGGCGAGAAGGGGCCGGAGGAGUUAUGGAAUUCUCUCGGGCCUCACCCUGUCCCUGUCGUCUUCAAACCACAAACAACGAACAAAAUGAGAAAUCGACUCCAGGUCUUCCCCGAACUGGAAACCAAUGCAGUAUUAAUGGUAGAUGAUGACACUCUCAUUAGUGCCCAGGACCUUGUUUUUGCUUUCUCAAUUUGGCAGCAAUUUCCUGAUCAGAUUGUAGGAUUUGUACCUAGAAAACACGUUUCUACUUCGUCCGGUAUCUACAGUUAUGGAGGUUUUGAACUGCAGUCACCAGGGCUCGGGAACGGUGACCAGUACUCCAUGGUGCUCAUCGGAGCCUCCUUCUUCAACAGCAAAUACCUUGACCUCUUUCAGCGACAGCCUGCGGCCGUCCAUGCGCUGAUCGAUGAGACACAAAACUGCGAUGAUAUUGCUAUGAAUUUCAUCGUCACCAAGCACACUGGCAAGUCUUCUGGGAUAUUUGUGAAACCUAUAAACAUGGUCAAUUUGGAGAAAGAAACCAAUGGCUAUUCUGGAAUGUGGCAUCGGGCAGAGCACUUUCUGCAGAGAUCUUACUGCAUAAAUAAGCUUGUUAAUAUCUACGAUGGCAUGCCCUUAAAAUACUCCAACAUUAUGAUUUCCCAGUUUGGUUUUCCAUAUGCCAACCACAAAAGUAAAAUGUGAACAGGAAACAAACAAAAACAGACCCAAAAUACUGCUAGGUUUUUGAGUGGCUUCUCCAUGCUGUGUAUUUUUGGUUUUUAAGCAACACCAUGAACAUUUAUCUAGUCCACAAGUCUCUACAGUAGAAAAACAAAACAAAACAAGAAACGUAUGCAGUACUUCCAGUAUGUAAAACACACAAACUUCAAAAGCCAAGAAGCCCGUCUUACCCAGACAGGCCUGUUUGUGAAAAGCUUCUGUCCAAGGUUGAAACUCCUUGGUCCUGAUCUUAUUGUUUACAUCUCGAGACCGCUCUCCAAUUUGUUUGAGCCCUGGCAUUUGCCUUAAGGACCUGCAGCAAGCUGCUUCCAGGACCAGAGACUCAAAUAGACCAUUUCCAGCUUUUCAGUGAAGGUUGAUGGUUUUUUAUUUGAAGCCUGAAAUAUUUCUUCAGCUAAUGCCUGUGAUAUAGGAAAAGCCAUGUAAGGAGAGUUUAGUCUGAACCCCAUGUCGAGAACCAGGAAAAUUCCUGGUAGCCAGUGUCCUUUGUGGCCCUUCUAACCAGAAACAACUGUGCCCAGCAUGGUUUUGAUGAAGCAGUCAAUGCCGGUAGUUUUGCUGUUAAGCCUGUUGUGACUGGGAGGGUAAGUUUUCAUGGCUGACCAGUCUCUAAUUGUUUGCUUGGUGUUUCUGUGAGCCUUCCCUGCAUGGAUCACUAAAAUGUGCAGCCCAUGUCUCCUAUAUGCAACAAGGAGUCAAUGUGUUACUGCAAUCUGUCACUGUGUGUGACCAUGAGAAUGUACAUUAUUUCUUACAUUUUACAGAAUGUGUUUAAUAAAUAGUAUAAAAGAACUUCUGAAAGAAUAGAAGUUAAGUAGAAGCUAGCAGAAAUUAAAAACCUUAUUAUCAAAGAUCUUUACUAUUAAACCAUAGGUUAUCUUGUAGAUAAUUAAUAACUGUGUUACACAGAAAUGUUUGCAUCCAGAACCCUGGAUUUUUGUUGGGAUUUUUUUUAAGUCCCAAGGCACUAUUCAUCAUGAUAAAAUUUCAAUUACAUAGUUGUGAAAAAAUUCAGUAAAAGAAUUGAGCCAUUAUGUGGGGUACCCAACAGUUGUUCACUGUCACUGUUGUUAUGGGAACCAGUGUCUGUCCUGUCUGCUGUUUUUAUAGUUUGUCCUUGUUCACCACUACUGAAAAGGAAUACUCCAUCAGGCUUCUGUGUAUCAAUUUUCUUCUCUUUAGAUAAGUCCUCCACAUUUUCAAAGGUGUGAAAAUAGCAGAAUAAUGACAGCUGAAAUUCCACUGUAAGAUCUUCCUGCUGUCAGUUCAAUGUCUGUCUGUCUAACAACCAAGUGGAUGUGUGUGUCUUCAUGCAAUCAUAUAUAUAUAUGUAUGUAUACACAUAUAUAUGUAAAUACUUUUAACCUUGACCUCAUUAAAAGGCAUGUCAGUUAUCUGCUUUCUCCAAAUUUGGCAGUAUGUGUUUGCCUCUUUGUAGUCCACUAUCAAAUAAAUAAACUUCAACUCUUCAGACA